GUUAUCAUCAAGGUUUCAAGGAGAUAAGAAAGACAACCAACGUGUUGGUUUGUGUUGGUUUCUUUUCCUGCUCACUAGGUAUCUGAAUUCGCCAUCUUCUAUGAUUCUUCAUUCAUUCAAUUCAAUUCGAUUUGGUCCAAAAGUCUUAUCAUGUACAGCAUCUUCUUUCAACCACUCUUUUGUCCAAUUUGUUCAACAAUUUGAACGAGUGAAGAAGCACCAGAUUAUCUACGAAUCGUCCUGUUGUCGUCCUUCGUCCUUCUGUAUAAGGCCUUAACUCAUGCACAUAAUCAUCCUUCGACUUCGAAUUUGUUAUCUGAUACAUCACAUUCUGUUGCCGAUCUUUCGACUUGUCAAAUCCGGUGGAAAUUAAAGAUCUAUAUUGCGCCACAAUGGCUGACCUUGAUAUCAAAUUUCUAUUACAACAGAAGAAGGCUGAGAAACUCAAAGCUCUAGAAGCAGCCAGACCUACGGUACCGCAAGCUUGGGAUGCAAAAUAUAUCAAAACCAAGAAAGGCCAUGAUGGCGAAUAUGAAUCAGACACCAAUCUUGAUUCGGAUGCUGAGCUCCCCGCCAAUGCAGUCUCGCCUCAAGAACCAUUUGGAUUCGAUACUGAAUCACAAAGUCGAUCUUUGACCAAUCAAAAACCUUUGAGAAAGGACAAGCUUUCACAAUCAUCUACUAUACUCAUAUCAAUUGACUCCGACAAGCGACGAUUCUUUCGCCCCCUAGCAGAUGCUAUCACAUCAUCUAGUGGCAACCAGCUUGGUGAGAUAGUUUUGCGUUUGUGCGUUGAGUACCCCGAUGCUAGGGCAGUGGUUGAAUCUUUGCUUGCGGCUACUAGUGAUGAAAGUACUAUCGACAAUCCACGUCCAUUACUCCGCAGAAGCUCAAACUCGAAAAUCGAGCAAUCCCCACAAAACAUUACACCCAUCAAGAAAGCCUUGGAGAAUCCGUUGUUGCCAAUUGUGUUGAAUGGUGAAAAAGACGAACAAGCGCCAAUCAUCGCCAAGUCCGCCAGAGAUGAUCUAAAAUCACCACCAGCCGUACUUGCUGUUGUGGAGCCUAGUAGAAAACUUCCAUCACUACUUCAAACCUCUACCUCUUUAGAUAGAUCAGUCGUCAGCGAAAAGCGUAAGCGGGAGGAGCCUGCAGAUGCGCAGUCACAGAAGAAAGCAAAACCAUAUUAUGUCAUUCCUAAGCAUCCAAAGAAGAAUGUACCAUUGAGCGAAAACAAAGAUGCGAUUCAACCAUUAAAGUUGCUGUCGUCAAACUCUCCACGCACCUCCGAACACUCCAAACCCAAAAGUAUCCAUUCUUUGCAACCUGUUUCCAAUUCCGGCGACAAAAAUAAUGUUGGAGGAGAACCAUCUGAUAAACAUACUUGUUCAGUUUGUUAUCAAAACUUUGGUUUGAAUAGCCAUUUGGAGCGACAUAUGAGAUGUGUACAUAAAACAGAAGGAGAGCCAUUCGGAUGUUCGAUUUGCACCAAAAAGUACGCUCGUCGGGACUAUCUUUAUCGCCAUCUGACCACUUUCCAUACAACUGGUUUGAGGUGCAAUGCUUGCGGACUCUCAUAUGGAGAUGAAGACAUUUUAAAUACCCACAUGAGAUUUGAACAUGACGUACAGGCGGUCGAAAAUAAAAAGAUCAAGGAAUCCCCAAAGGCACUAGAUUCUGCUAAGAAGCAGGUACGUUUCCAAGAAGAUUCGAUGAAAUUGCGGAAGUCCUGAGUCUGCGAUAAGACACUGGACAAUCAUUUGAUUCGAAUCAUCUAUACAAGACCAUUUUAUUUGGGCUUUAUGUUUACAUCCACUACACACCAAUAACAUGAAUUACUGUGGUGGGCGAACCCGGUGGACUGAAUGUCGCAUAGGUUCGUCCACAUUAAUCUGUUUUACAGAUCUCAGUAGAGUCAAUCAAAAUUCAGAAGCGCAGUGCGCGAUCCCAGAAAAAGCCGCCUGCAUCUACGGCGGCUCUCACUAAGUUAAACAAUAGUCUGUUCAUUCUUUCCUUUUUCGAUUGCGUUCCAUCAUCAUGAUCAACUACUACUGCGCACUAAUUCUGUUGUACGCGGCUCCGAUAAUUAAUCAUGUUCGAUGUGUCAGACUGCAGAUAUAGGCUCGAGAUGUGCAGGGUUUGUGAUGUGCGGCUGCGGCUGCGGUCACCAAAAACUGCCAAUAAUAAGCACAAUGGAGGAUUAAUUGGGAAGGUAUGUGGUAAGCGUAUGCGGUGUGUGUUGCAACCGCGCUUGAUAGUGUAACAGCUGCUUAUUAUCGAAAUUGCGGUAACCAAAGAAUGAGAAGUUAACUAUACAUAACA